CUUGAAAGGAAAGCAGAAGGUUGCUGCGUUGACAUCUUUGGAAAGAGGAAAACUAAUAACCAUUGUAACGUGCAUGAACGCUUCUGCAGAUGACUUUGUAAUUUUCAAUGACGAAGAUCAAGGGCAACAAUCACCCGAUAGACGUUCCCGAUUCAUCAACCUUCACCUGAAUACGGAGUGUCAAAUGAAAUUCUGAAAGAAACACGCCGGGGAACUACUUCGGCAGAAAAUCCGUCUGAAGCUAUUUCUAAUGGCGCUGACUUAAAUGAAAAUUCAGUGCCUAGCAC